UACCCCUCACUCUAACAAAACUAAAGGAAUAAACCCUAAAAUCAUUCUCUCACAUCCGAGUCAGUCAUCUUCGUUUUUUCAACGAGUCACGGUCUCAACUUCUUCCCAUUUCUUCCACUCCCUCGCCGCCCACCAUCCUCCCCCCGCUUCUGACUUGCCGCUGCCGGUCAGUUUCAAAGCGCUCUUCAUGCUCGUCAAACCCUUCCAUAAACUCAACCUUCUCUGUAUUCUUAUCUUUACUUCAUAGGUUAUUUGAGGGGAAAAUCUGGCUGUUUUUCAUUAGAAUUUAAGCAAUGACUCCGACAGCUUCCGUCGCUUCUGAUGGAGAGGCCAAAUGGGAAUUCAGCUGUGACUUUGAAGUCGAUUAUGAGUCUGAGAAGAAAGCUUCAAUUGUCUAUAACGCUUUAAUCGUCGAUAAAGAGUUACAGCCAGACAAGGUGAAAAGGGCGAUGUCAAUUUCUAAUGGAAAACUUUCAAUACACUUUGAGGCAGUGGAAGCAAGGUUUUUGCGUGCAUCAUUCAGUUCGUUUGUAGAUGUGCUUACUCUUGCCACAAAAACAAUCGAAGAUUUCGGACUCGAAGUGGAAUUCUGAUAGCCUUACUGACCUAUUUACAUGGCUCUCAAAUAUAUAUGCAGUGUCAUUUAUUUCCUUAAAGAAGCUCCGAUUUUAAUUUACAUCUGACCUGUAAUUUUAUCACAAUGUUUUGUCAUUGUUUGAUCGAGUGUGACGCUCUUUCUCCGCCCAUCAUUCGAGCAUUGAGAUCUAACAAGAUAAACAUUUUCAGUAACAAAUUGUCCUUUAUUA